AUGAAAAAGACACAUGAAGAAGCAAUUGAAAUCCUAAAUGAACUUGCAGAGAAUGCUAAUCAGUGCGUUGUAGAGAAUUCUGAAAGGAAGAAGACUGUAGGGGUGCACCAAGUUGAUACUUUCACUACCUUGCAGACGCAUGUUGCAUCAAUUGAAGGCAUCCUACUAAUGAAUGUCAACAAGGGUCAUUUACAGAAGAAGAGGUUAAUGCUGUUGAAAACUUUAACAAAGGAAACUAUCAAGAAUCAAACAAUUUCAAUGCAAUGGGGUAAAGGCAUCCUGGAUUCUCAUGGAUCUCACCAAAUGGGGUACCAGAAUCACCAGCGACAACAAUAUCAACCUCAUGAGGGACAACAUGGGAACCAAUCGAGUUUUGAAGAGAUGUUUAAAAGUUUCAUCACUAAGGUUGAUGAACAGUUUGAAAUUCAAGGUGCUUUUAUUCGAAAUUUAGAAAAACAGGUUGGACAGAUUGCUAAUCAGAUAUCUGAAAGACCACCUGAAAAUCUUCCAAGUGACACGUUAAGGAACCCUAAGGAGCUGAAAGUUAUGACUUUGCGAAGUGGAAAAAAGUUAAAUGAUAAUUGUAAAAGCAAAGCUUGUGAAGUUAUAAAGAGCCAAGAUGAGAAACAAGGAAGUAAAAAAAUAGUAGGGAAGUCCAACGAAAUUCAAAAAGGAAAGGAGAAGUCAGAACUAGAAAUUGAUUCUAAAUAUAUGUCUGCAUUGCCUUUUCCUCAAAAUAUGAAACGAGAGAAGCUUAACAAGUAUUUUGGUAAGUUCUUAGAGAUGCUGAAGCAACUACAUGUGAAUAUUCCUUUCACGGAGGUAAUCACUCAGAUGCCUGCAUAUGCUAAUUUUUUUAAGGAAGUUUUAUCCAGCAAGAGAAAAUUGGAGGAAACAUCAGUAGUCAAGUUGAAUGCUCAUUGUAGUGCCAUCCUUCAGAAUAAACUACCUCAGAAAUGUGGUGAUCCGGGUAGUUUCACUAUUCCAUGUGCGUUAGGGACUGCUAGAUUUGAGAAAUUAUUGUGUGACUCAGGAGCUUCUGUAAACCUUUUGCCUUUGUUCAUAUUCAAAAAGUUGGAAGGAGAGCUCGGAAUCAUAAAAUCUAUCCCAAUGUCCUUACAGUUGGCUGACCAAUCCACCAUUAUUCCUGAAGGGAUAGUUGAAGAUGUUCUAGUUAGGGUGGACAAGUUUGUGUUUCCAAUAGUUUUUAUUGUGGUAGACAUAAAAGAAAAUAAAGAGGUUUCAUUAAUUCUUAGCUGA